UUCUGACAUACAUUCAAGAUGGCGGGUCAAUAUCCUGGGUACAAUCCGUAUGGCGGGCAACAACCACCUCAUCAAGGUACGAUAAUCGUCAUUUAAACCCUUGUAGUCAGUUACCUUACUUCUCUUUUCAAAAUAUAACGUGUUCGAUCUUGGCUUUUUUUCUUUUCGCACAGGUGUUUUUGAACUCGUUCGCUCCAAUCAUUUCUAAGAAUGAAAAUGAAGCGAAGGACGCUAAAACUUUAACAUAGAGUCUUGAUAUACACAAAAACUUCUCCUAAUCAAUAUGGUGUCUUCAGUUGCGAAGAAAAGUGGGAAUGAAAGGCGUGCUUCGUUUUCGAGUCUAUAUAAGCUUAUUGUUUGAAGCUACAAAAGGCAACAUGACUAUUAGACCACGAAUCCCCCCGUCCCUCUCUUUCUUUCCCUCUCCCUCUCUUAGCUAGAUGGACAGACACCACUGGUGUAGCAGAAAGCGUCCAUCUUAAAGAUAUGUCUGCUUCAAUAUAGAGAGUUAAAGAGUAUAAGAAAUAGAGACAUGACUAACGUGAGUUAUUGUCUUUUAAAAAAAAUAUGGAUACCUGUAAUAAUUAUGCUGUGGCUAUAUGCCCGGCAGCGGGGAAGGGUCUUAAAAAUGCCUGGCAGUCAGAAGAGAUUUUGGAUUUUCUCAACAAUGAAAGUAUUCUAUCGUCAUUUAGAAUUACUAAGCGAAUAGGGAAACAGGAAUGGCUUCGGAGGUAGGGUGGUUCCUUGGGCAUAGAGUAGAGUUGACACUGUUUCGACACUUAGAAAAAUUUCAUGAGUGGUAGGGCAUGACUGUUGAGAUAGGAAAAUCCCCCAAAAUAAGUCUCUUUUUAACCUACAUGACACCUCUCCAAGCCACCUCGAAAUGCCAUGUCAUGCAAAAGGUUAGAAAUUCAUGUGUAUUGUAUCACAAAACAAAGAACCCUUUUAAAGUGAAAAAACUCAGAGGAUUGAUAACUGUUAAUUAUUUUGGCAAUGUCAUCUGAAAACCAAGAAUACAUAAAAAUUAUAUUUAACAACUUAGUAUAAAUACCCCCAGUAGGUGAAUAAACAAUGAGUUUGUUAGUUACAUUAGUAUUACCCCACAAUACAAUACCUGUCCUUUUCAACAGGUUAUGGAAUGUCAGGCUAUGGAAGCACACCAGGCUACCCUCUUCAGAUGGGUUAUCCAGCACAUGGUGGGGGAUACCCAGGGAGCUUUGGAGGACCCCCAGGUCCUCCACCAGGAGCAGAUCCUACUUUGUGGAGUUGGUUUAUCACAGUUGACAGGGAUAAAUCAGGGCAGAUAACAGCAGAUGAACUCCAGCAAGCAUUAAUAAAUGGAAACUGGUCACAUUUCAACAGCGAAACUUGUCGGCUGAUGAUAGGUAUAUAAUGUAACACCAUUUCUAAGUUAUUUUUUGUUAGCAACUGAGUUGGGGUAGUGAUUAGGGUUGUUUACCAUUUACAAAUCUGGUUGGGAAGUAAAUGGAACACAACCUUUUGGGUCAUUCCGGCGGAAAAUUUCCAGGAGAAAUGGAACAUUUGAAAAGGUAAUCCUGUUUAUAAUCCGGAAAGAAUAUUCCAAGCAGAAAUUCAUGUUCCAAUUCUUUAAAGCAUUCUUUGAUACUAGUUUCAGGCUGUUGUGGUCAUUUUUUGGUAACUGAUUUGUACUGAUAGAAAGUGCGAUUCUGGGAUUUAUUUAGCAGUCCUACAUUUUAUGUACCAUUUGCCUAAACAGUUGACCAAAUAGUUUGACCAUGUAAUUAAUGGUAAACAACCUAGAAGUAAAAAAGCUUACGAUCUAGAGGAAACAGUUUUAAAAAAUGCACAGUGCUUAUUGAGGGCACUAUUUUUGCAUCUCCUACUGGAGAUGUGGUGAUGCCGAGCAGUGCCUUUAUUUCGCUGCUAUUUUAAGACCCUGAGCAUUGGUCCGGCCACUGGAAUUGAACUCAUUGCCUCCUGCUCUGUAGUCAGGCACUCUCCCUACUUACAUUGUAGCUUAUCCUUACUGUGGUUAUGCAAAAUUUCAUAUUCCACUCGACGCAAUGAUUCACAAGAAGGCAAAAAUUGAUCGGCUACGAUCAGCAAGCAAAGCUACAAUGCAACGUACCACUUGCAAAAGAGCACGCAAGGAGCCCUGCAAUUCCCCCAGGGCUGCCCUGUAGGUCACGUACUGGAGUGGGCAAAGACUGCUAGCUAACUCUCUCAAGUUUAACUUUGCCUAAAUGAUGUUUAGCCACAUUAAAACCUAGCUAUUGAAAACCACAGGCCAGUAGUUCAAAUAGUUGAUAGUGCUAUUGCUAUUCACUGGAUAAUGAUUUAUACAUUGGAUAGCACUAUCCAACUUUUGAACAAAGUGGCUCCAAUCACUGAAUUCAUAAGCAUAAGCAGAAGACAUAACCAAUUGCAAGGCAUCAAAAAGUGUGGGAAUAAGCAUUGUGAUUGCUUGCUCUUUUACUUCUGUGCUAGACUCCAGUGAUCUGGUUUUCAGUGAUGGGUUAUGAUCAGAGUAAGUCAAAGAAAAUGAGAAUGUUCUGAUUAAUGUUACUUUCUUUUAAAAAGUUUACCCAAAUUUUUUUAUUUCAUUGGUCAUAAGCACUCUUAGCACUCAGCCCCCUUGCUUGUCAGUUUUUCACAAAAUCACUUGAGUAGCAUUUGUAGUCGAGUGCUUUUUACUCAGCCCUCCAUGUUAGAAAGACAAGACUACCACUCCUGAUGCUUGAUCAACCAAAAAUUAAUUAAUAAAAACUUCAAGUCUAAUAUAAUACUCAACAGAGUUCUUCUUGGUUUUGAUAACCACUGGUUGAUUUAUUAUUUAGGUAUAUUUGACCGAGAUCAUUCUGGUACCAUAAAUUUUCAAGAAUUUCAGCAAUUAUGGCAAUAUAUUAACCAAUGGAAGGGAGCAUUUGACAGAUAUGAUCAGGACAGAUCGGGAGCAAUAGAGGCUCAUGAGUUGCACAGAGCAUUUGCUGAGAUGGGAUUCAAUGUGUCUGCUAACUUUGUCAGCCUUGUUGUAACAAAGUAAGUCUGUUUAAUAAUGACAAUAUGAAAUAUACAUAUACUGUACAAAACUCUGACAGGAAAAGGAAAAUCUCCCAGCAACGACCUUGUAGACAGUGCUUGGCUACUCUAACAACUGAAUGGGUCCCUUGUUGCUAUUGUUUUAUUUGCUAUUGUUAUUGUUGCUAUUGUUUUAUUGCUGUGGUUUUUGGUUUUGUUUCUGUUUUUAUUAUUACCAGGGUAUUAUUAUCAUUAUUAUUCAAACAGACACAUGUCUCGCUUUUAUGUGGUUUUUUUUUUUAUGGCAUACUAUAAUGUGGUUCAACCAGUUAUGUUUUAAGUAAUAUUUAAGACUGUUUUGGGUUGAAACAAUCAUGGCAAAAUUGUUUCAAAAAAUGUUGGAAUGUGUCUUGUGCUUUAUCCAAACAGGUUUGACCAACUUGCCCGUCGUAGUUUGAGACUAGACAGCUUUAUUCAAUGCUGUGUGAUGCUGCGUGCCUUAACAGAUGCAUUCAGAGUGAGGGAUACAAAUCAGAAUGGAAGCAUUACUAUUAGCUAUGAGGACUUCAUGUGCAUGGUGCUAUUGAACAAGCCAUAGAAUAACGGACUUGAAAGUCUUUCUUAUUUAUUUGAUAAGUAAUAAUGUUAUUUUAAAGCCUGUUUACAUGGAGGUGGGGACGCCAGGUAGAUGAUGUAACAUGCUUAGGUGGGGUAACCAACCUGUCCGUAUCAUGAAAAUGUGAUCAAAUUAAAAUGAGAGAUUAUAUGGAGAGCAGGGGCAUAGCCAGCUUUUGACUUGUUGUAGGCCUGGCUGACUUUCAUUUCCACAUAUCCUGAAAAUUGCACGCAUGACUAGUAGGCACUAACCUCAGUUAUUAAGCUUUUUAGCUCACCCCAACAACCCAUGAUUUAUUACAAGCGGUAGGGUGAAAUAGCUAAAAAUUUGUAGGCGCUGGCCUAUAUGUCUAUGGGCUGGCUAAGCCCCUGGAUAGGCUACCUGGGGUCCCCCACCUUUAUGUAAACAGGCCCUCAGUAGUAUU